CUACAUUAAAGAAAAGAUCAUUAGCACACAGCCGUGUGACUUCUCUUCAGUCUGUUCUCUGCUUGUUGGUAACGGCAUUUUAUUCCUUGUCUGCUUAUUUUAUUAAUUUAUUUUAUUUUCGCCACCCUGCUUGUUUGCUUGUGUUUUAAACACAGUCCUAAAUCAUGCCAUCGUGAAUCUUCACGUCGUUUAUGCAACGAGCAGCUGCUGCGCAACCAGUUUGUUUCUGCCUCCUUUUUGUCGCAUUGGAUUUAAAGGCGAAGCGGCAGAUUUGGAUAGCAACUGGAUUCAAGUUAUAAAUGGUGUCUGCCUUUUUUUCCGUCGCUCCGUGGUGGGAUUUAUCGGAUAUGGCUGUCUCUGAGUCGAGCUCUGUCUGUCGGUGAAUUUGGGUACGAGACGAAGGACACUCCGGGCAGGAGGGUAAGACAAGCGGAGAAGAACCCCGCCGGACAGCCGGAGACCAAACUGAACAGCUUCCAGCUGGCAGGCUGAGCAGCAGCAGUGGGGCCUCUUAAGACAGAGGAGACAGUGAAGGACAAGCCUGUCCACAGACCUAGGUCUACUGGAUCAUGGGUAAUCAUAAUGGAAGAGAAAGCCAUUGCCCCACAGGUUCCCCUUUAGACUUCUACCACACACCUCCUACCUCACCAUCAGAGGCGGAGCUGGCUGCAAUGGCCUUACCCUCUGCAGCCCCAUCUGAAAAGACACAGACUCCAUCACCGGCUGGCAGCACCACCCCCUCCAUCACCUCCUCAAUUGCAAACUGGACACAGAAAGUAUCUACUUCCUCAGAGUGGGCAGUGAUCAGCGUAGAUAGCAUCACCUCCUCAGAGACGAACGUGAGCAAUGCAGCUGCUCGGCAGGACAAGGCCCUGGUCAGUGUGGACAGUCCAGCAUCGCUGCCUCUGUCCGAAGGAUCGCCUUCAGAGCAGAGCUGGCAGGAGAGGGAUAGCGGGAUGGAGCCACAAGCUGCAGCAGAAAGAGCUGGAGAGGAGAUGACCUUGGUUUUAGUCAGUCUGAUGGAGCACUAUGGGGCCCCAUUAGGUCUAAAACCCAGCACUGACAUAACCACAGGAGCAGUUGAGCUGCUCAGGCUCUUGAUAACGGAGCGAGAACAGCUGGUGGAGGAGUUGGACACACUGAAGGAGACACACAGGACAGAGAGGUUGGAGUGGGAUCAGUUCCAGUGUGACCUGCAGGUUGCCGUGUCAGUGGCUGACCGGCUACGGAUUGAAUCGGAGCAGGCGUUGGGAUUGCUCCACGAGAGUCACAGAGCUGUGGAGGACCAGCUGGCUCAGGCCCUCAGCCAACAGCAGGAGAUGGAACAAGAGCUGAAGAAUCUGAGAGCCAAACACAAAGCCGUCUGCUGCACACUAAGUGAACUCACCAUGCAGCAACAGCACGAACGAGCAGAAUUGGACUUUCUGAGAAAUGUCUGCAAGAUGAAAGAUGGACAAACAGACAAACAGGCUGAUAGACAAGAAUCUGAGAAGGGACAGGCAGAGAAAAUACAGAAAAAUAUAGAGCAAGUUAAAGAGGAGACUAAAGCUAAGGAUGAGGCUAAUCAAAAUGUUCUCGAUAAAUGUGAAGCUCAUGAUUUCGAGAAGGAAAAUGGAUCAGAAAACAUGCAACUGACAGGAAAAGGGGUGGCGGAGGGAUACAUUCGCAGUUUGGCAACCCUUGAGAAGAAGAAAGGAGGACGUGGUCAGAAAGAUCCAAGGAGGAUUGUGAUGCUGACUGAAAGAUCUUGGAGUCUCUCUCGUCUUCCACUUCAAUCUGAUACUUCCAGCCAAAACGGGACUGUAAAAAACAUGAGCACAACAUUGCCCCUAUGCAAGAAAGAAGAGCCAACAAAAGGGAGAAGGAUGGACCGCAUGUUGCUACGGCAGGACAGUUGGUCCAGCUUUUAUACAGGAAAACCAGAGGAGGAUCCAAGCUCAGAUUCAAUCAAACCUCAGGAUGGCUUCAGCGCUUUGCUGAGGCGCCAUGGAGGCUCCAGAAGAAACUCUCUGCUGUGCUGGUGCCAAAGCCGGACUCAAGGUUACAAGAAUAUUGAGAUCACCAACUUCAGCAGCAGCUGGGAGGAUGGUCUGGCGUUCUGUGCUGUGUAUCACAGCUAUUUACCCACCCACAUUGCAUAUGACACCCUCAACCCAGCUAAUAAGAAGGAAAACCUGGAUUUGGCUUUUAAGACAGGAGAGUGUGUGGGGAUCACAGCUACGCUGACGGUGGAUGAGAUGCUGAAGACGGAAGGUCCAGACUGGCAGAGAGUCCUGGAAUAUGUUGAAAGUAUUUUCCGUCACUUUGAGAUGUGAAUUUGUCAUCCUGCAUCUUGCUGCUCUCUUUGCCUUCUCUGAGAAUCAAGAGCUAAAGGACUGAAACAACCUCUGCCAACAAUGAACCCAGCAGUCAGCAGUAUUAGCAUCAUGACUUGAUUUUAUGUAUCGAUGCCAUUUUCUUCACACUGAGACAGUUAGAAAUCUCAGUAAAAGAAGAAAAUGCAUUCCACUUUUUUCUACUUGCACAGAAUAAACGGUGAUUCUGAACAACUACAAGGGAAAUGCACACAAGACACUAAACUAUAUUGAGAAGCAGAAAAAUGACCUGCUAAGAAACUAGUUCCACUGGGUGCAUUUCAUUUGCACAGAAUGGGCGUUAAAAAUGUUUAGGAGCACUUUAGUCAUGGUGACACAAAUGUGACACAUUUUAAAUGUAAUAUUUCAAAAUCUGGAUCACUUUAUUUAUCUUUGUUUUUAUUGUGUAGCCUAUAUCUCAUGUCAAAACUGUCCUUGUGUGCAUGUAUCCAAAUGUAAAAAAAACCACAAAACAGAGCAGGCAUCUACCCAGAUUACUUUGACAUGUUUUAACCAUAAACACUACUGGCCCUGUCUGAGGAUGGUUGCAUUUGAGGAAAUUUAUAUUAAAUGUAAAUGUG